GAGGCGGCAACCAGAGCGGUGCGGGCGGGAGCGCCCUUGACGCGCGCGGGCUCCUCGCGGAGACGGUCGGGCGCCGGCCGCUCAUCUCGUAGCCGGGGCCUGAACCGCCCGCCCUGCACGCCGAACGUGAGGUGGCUCUUGACGGACAGGCCCAUCGUCGCCAGGCUGGAGCACAUUGAGGAGCUCAUCCGCGCGACGCUUCUGCGCGAUCCAGACGGAGGCUUCAUGGACGACGGCCUCAUAGGCGACUCGCGGGAGACCCAGAGCAGCGAGAACAGGAGGCUGGAGCGCGUGAGGUUAUUCAAUCGCUUCAGGAGCCGGUCAUCGUUGAGGAGAGCUUGUUGGCGGCGGAGAGCCAGAAGUGGAUCAGCCUAUGGCAACCUGCGGAUCGAGAAAGUAUAUGGGACCGGUGGGGCCGCGAGCUGUCCAGCGAUAUGGGCCUGCAGGAUCGCGCGGUACUCCAAGCUCUUCUGCGCGUGCUCCUUCGCCAUCUUGUGGGGAACCGUGGACGCCGCCACAGAGAUGCAGUGGUGGGACGAGGGACGACGUCAGAAGGACGCGUCGACCUUCGAGGUGGAUGGAGACGACCACACCUUCGACGAGAGCGACGAGCGCAGCUGGUUCAGAGGUGGCCUCGACACCUGCGGUCGAGCCCGGACGCCGAGACUGUGGACGAUGAUUGGGGCUUCGAUCGACCUGGAGAGUGGCGCGAUGGCGGUGGGCGAGGACGGCGACCGGGUGGGGCGCCAGUUGAUCGCGUCCCCCGACAAGUUCGCGGUGCACCCGGCCCUCCUGCAGCGGGUUCAGGUCAGCGACUUCGCGGUCGACCGGGACCUCCGCCUGCCACCGAAGAAGAAGCUCGCGAGCGGCGGCUCGCGCGACAAGGGCAAGGCGGCGAUCGACCUUCGUUCUCUUCGUCGCAGGGCCUAG